AUGAAUGCCUUCGCUUUUAUCAUGUACGCUUUUACCUGAUAACGAAAAUUUCUACAUGUUCCCAACCUUUUAGACAAAUUCUCAUACUUCUGAAGUCAGUUGGCGCCGACUAUGCUCCGUUUCUCAGCGACAUUCUGGCCGCAGCUGGCAAUCAUUCAGCAGGAAAAACGCCUAAAGUAUAGGACUGAAAUCAAGUUUAAAUUCGAAUUGUUUUUUUUGCAGUUAGUCUUCAUAAACCACUUCAACAUGAUUCCAAUGUCGCACUAUCCGGUGAAGCGUAACGGCCCAACGAAGGAAACACCGCCGAAUAAGAUGUAUUUGGUGGUGAGGGAUCGGGAGAUUCUCACAAAUUGAGCUGGAUACAUUUCAGCCAGAGUACGUGACCACUCUCAUCAACACCAUCUACUACACGCUGACCGUCCUCGUCAUCCUCCAUCUUCUCCGCCGUCGCGCCAUCGACCACAACGCCGGAUUCGUCUCACCGGAUUUGGACGAGUCGGAAGAGCAGAUGCUGGAGGAGUACCGCAGCAUGGGAAAGUCGGAGCGCACGCGUCUCUUCUUCUAUAAACUGUGGACGAACCACGUGGCGACGGCGUGGAAACUGAACUCCACGUUCGAAAGGGAUUUCGAUUCGAAGGCGAGCGAAUUGAGCGAGGAACAGUACUUGAAGGUGAGCGGAGAAAUGAAAUCAGGCGGGCGGAGGAACAGGAAUUUCAGAUGAAACAACUGAAAAUGGAAAAAGUGAUAUUGAAGAAGCCGUCGGAAAUUGAUGACUUGUGA